GUUUUAUAUAACAGGUAAGCAAAAAUAAAUAUUUUUGUUUACUUAAUCUUUUCUGUCUGACUUACAUUGUAGAAGACAAAUACUCAUGCGUGUAUUCUUGAGUACUGGAAAGUGUUUAAUAGUCUGUGAAUUUAAUGAUUGGUUAAUGAAGAUUUCCGGAAGUAGGCGUCUGGAACAUGGUGUGGUUGUGCAGUAGGUAGUGACAAUGUGAUAUGUGUUUAUGGUAUUAUUUCUUCUCUUGUCUACGGUGAAAUGUUUUCGUUUUAGUACUCAGAUGACACUAUCACAUCGUGUUCAGGUAGUUUUAAAAUGGUGGUCGAGUCUUUCGUUUGAAGUUAAAUGAAUACCUGAUAAAAAAGUUUGCAGCUGAUUGAUCUUCCAGAAUGGGGAAUGUUUCUCCAGAAGAUGAUUUCCCAGGAAGACUGCUGCAUCAGGCUGCAUUAUGGGAUAAUGCUGAAUUGCUGGAAGAUUUGCUGCAUGGGGAACAAAUAGCACACAUUAACAGUCAGGAUUCUUGGGGACGGACUCCACUGCAUGCAGCAGCCACAACAGACAACUCUCAUUGUUUAGGAGUCUUACUUCAAGCUGGUGCUGACCCAAACAUUGCUUGUGGUCCCAGAGGAGAUAAUAGAACACCUCUUCAUGUGAGCUCAGAGCAUGGUUAUGUAAGCAAUGUGAAAUUGCUUCUUGCUCAUGGGGCAGAUCUUGUGGCUCGUGACAACAGUGGCCUCACACCACUUGAUAUAGCAGAGAAGUGUGAGCAUAUGCAGUGUAUGCUGAUCCUCAAACAAACAGCUGAAGCUAGAAAGAACACCACUGUUCCUGUCAAUGCAGAAGCAGCCUUUGAAGCAUGCAGUUACUUCAUGAAUGAUGUCACCCCAGAUGCAAAGGAGACAUCACAGCAGAAAUUCCAUGCAGCCCUACGGGAUGCAUGUGCUGCAGGCGAAGUGUCUGUCCUCAAGAGUUUAUUGCAGCAGCUGGGAUCAGAAGCACAACUGGUUGUCAACAUGGCUCCUAGCGGCUCUAAUACACUCUUGUUCUUGGCAUGUGAGAUGGGUCGAAAAGAAAUUGUAAAAGCUUUGCUGGAACAUAAUGCAGAUGGCAGGAUACACCCAGUUACAAAAUACUCUCCACUUUAUAUUGCUUGUUACAAUGGCAGGAAGGAUAUUGUUGAGCUGCUUUUGAAGAGGUUUCCUGGACUGGUACAACAACACACAGUGGAGCGCUGGUUGCCGAUACAUGCAUGCUGCAUCAAUGGUCAUGUCAGUGUGAUGGAACUGCUCUUAAAGUUUCCUUACCCAUCUCACUUAAUGCAGAAGUUCAGGGAUCCAACAGGAGAAUGGGAAUAUGAGAUGCCAUUUGAUCUAAAUAUGAAAGAUGUGAGUGGCCAGAAUGUCGUCUAUGUCGCAAGUUUCCUUGGAAAUUACAGAAUGGUAGACAUGCUGCUAAAAUUUCGAGUGAAGGCUUCUAGAAUUAAGACUGUGAAAGACCGGGAACAGAGUGAAGAAGAAGAAAAGAAUAUUACCGAAGUACCGAGUCCGACACGACGACGCAUCUCUGACGGUAUUAUUUCCAUCAUGACUCGCCUAAAUCUGAGCUGUGCAGGUGUUGAUGGACAGGGGCCAGGAGGAAUAGGAACAGUGGGAAAGAAUGAGUGUCACCUAAGUCCAUUGCAGUUAAAUGUUUAUUGUAACAAUAACUGUGAGACAGCACUGCAUGCUGCAGUGAGAAGCAAGCAUGCUGAUGUGGCCGGAAUCCUCCUUCAGUGUGGAGCAGACCCUAACAUCCCUUGUCGGCAGCCAGACCCAGUAAUGGCAGAUGCAGAAGAUUCUGUUGCAUCAUCAGCCUCAACAGCACUCGUUGAAGCCUGCAGGAACAGGGACAUCGGCAUGGCUGACUUACUGCUGCGUCAUUCUGCCCGUGAUGAUGACUGCAAGGCACUUCAUUUAGCCACUUGCAACAAAGAUGACAUCCUCAUUGCCAAGUUGCUCUCUAUAAAGGCAUACCCUGAUCCAGAGUAUAAGCUGAACAAAGCAGCAAUGACAGAAGAUGGCCUACCUGCCAUGCCUCAGUCAGGCCUCACCAGUCUCACCUACAGCUCUCUGUUUCCAAAUACCUCAGUCAUGAUCAAUUGGCACAAUCAACAGUGUGACCUAUCUCAAGUCCGCAAACAGUGGUUGGUAGAUGCAGCUCUGAAUGUGAACCCGAAGUUGAAGCUUAACCCUCGAAACCAAGAUAUUGUCUUGUAUGCCAUCACGAGGAUAGACCUGUCAAAGAAUUCUCUCACCUGGUUGCCACCUAUCAUAUUUCAGCUCCCCAGUCUCAGGUAUCUGAAUGUGGCACAGAACAAGAUCGAGAAGUUACCACCAUCUGGUGACCGGGCUACUGUUAUAUCACCCGCAAGGAAAUUAAAGACUGGUAGAGGGGCUGCCAUGCCAGAGAGGUGGGGAUACACUGCUCCAGUGUUGGAGGAGGUCUACCUACAAGACAACCGUUUGGAUCAGAUCUGCGAGGAAGUUUUUAUGCUGCCGUUACUUGUGACACUUGAUGUAUCAAAUAACAAAUUGCAUACUUUGCCUUAUAACAUGUGGAAAUCUCCAAAGCUAAAGGAGCUGAAUGCUGCAUUCAAUCUUCUCAGGGAACUUCCAACAAAUCCGUCUGGGGAAUCCCAAGAUGCUGUGAGCACUGCCUCAUCCACUGACUCUGGUAGGAGUGGCUACCAGUAUGGCAGUGGAGAGACAGUCUUGGAGUUAAGUGGAAGUAUGGAUAUAUCUGUAGCAUCUGAUAAUGAAGGCAACUCCACCAGUGAGGAGAAUUUGCUGGAUGCACACACACUGCACACUGCAUUUGUAAAAUCCAAAUCUGUUCAGCAGCUUGAUGUAACUCAUCACAAUAUCUGGAGCCGCAGCGUAGAGGUGACAGAACAAAUACUGCACCAUGAUGAUGAGAAUGAGGGCAACUGCUCCCAGCUGUCAGCACUGAAUCUUGCACACAACCAGUUCACCAGUGUGCCAGUAGCAUUGUCUUGUCUUGCAGUAAAUCUCACAAGGCUGAACCUCAGCUACAACAGCUUACGCAGCAUGAGUCACAUCACAUCUUAUCCAAGCUCUCUAAAGCAGCUAGAUCUCUCACAUAACCAGAUCUGUUGCUGGCCAAGUUUGCCACAAGUUGAAGGCAUUGACAGUAUGGAGCAGGCUUUGACAGCUUGUUAUGCCCCUGCUGACUGUGGGAGCAAGUCUGGUAGCAAACUUCCAGUUUUGCAAGGUCGUCGUUCAUUACGCAGUGCUAUCCUAAACAUAGUGUGUUCACAUCGACGCCAUCUGCGUCUGGACAACCUCCGCACUCUUGUUUUAGCUGAUAAUAACCUUUCACGUAUCCAGUUGUCAACUGAUGAUGAUGGAGCUAGUUCAGUUUCAGAAGAGGAGGAAUCUGAAUGGGAUGUUCUGAGCUCCCCAACAGGUCAGAGCAAAACUCGCUUCAUGUUUCCUAACCUGAGCAUGUUGGACAUCAGCAACAACCAACUGCGAGAGAUACCAAAUAAUAUUCAUGAACUUAACAACCUUUCUGUUCUCAAUAUCAGUGGAAACUUAGAUAUCUGUGAGCUUCCAUCACAGAUGGGGCUUUUGUCUCGCCUAUGGAACCUGAACACGAGAGGUUGUAAUCUACAGGAGCCUCUGAAAUCAAUGAUUGACUCAAAGAAGUACAAGACAAUGGAUGUGAUUGGUUACCUAAAAUCAGUGUUGGAGGAUGCACGACCAUAUGCACGCAUGAAACUGAUGAUUGUUGGUGUACAAGGAAUAGGAAAGACUUCACUACUUGAACAGCUACGACAGGAAGGAGUUGGCACCUUCAAGAAGAAACCAGUGGAGCAUUGGGCUAAACGUAUGGGCAAUAAGAACAUCAAUGUGAAAACUUCUCGGGGGACAAACAUGUCUACUGUGGGAGUUGACAUAGGAGAUUGGGUAUAUGAGAAGAAAAUACGUGGCCAGUCUUCUUAUGGUCCUGUUGUAUUCAGAACUUGGGAUUUUGGUGGUCAGCGGGAAUAUUAUGCUACACAUCAGUACUUCCUAUCAAAGAGAAGUCUCUAUCUUGUUGUCUGGAGGAUUCCUGAUCGACAGCGGGGCAUCAGUGAGAUCUUACAUUGGCUUGUCAAUAUUCAGGCACGAGCUCCAAACUCUCCUGUCCUGAUUGUGGGUACACAUUUUGAUAUGAUGAGGGAGUAUGACCCUGCAUCAAUUUCUGAGGAUCUGCAGCAAAUUAUCAGAGACAAAUUCAUUAACAUUGUGGAUGCAGAGAAGUGUGGUCUUCCGCGAGUACUGGAUACAAUUGAGGUUAGCUGCAAGACACGGCAUAACAUCAAGCUACUGUGCAAUCUCAUUUAUGACACAGUAUUUAGUCUUCGGCCACCAGGCAGCAAAGAAUUGUUGCUGGAACAGAGAGUACCAGCUAGUUACCUGGCUCUGGAAGAUGUUGUCAGCCACCUGGCUGCAGACCGCCGGCACACAGGAGUAGAUCCAGUACUUAAUGCUGAGCAAUACAAAGCAGUAGUGACAACGGAAAUGCAGUAUCGAUAUCAACGCAAGUUCCGUGAUGCUGCAGAACUCCAUCAAGCCACACUGUUUCUCCAUGAGAAUGGAGUGUUACUGCACUAUGAUGAUGCAACUCUGAAGGACCUAUACUUUUUGGAUCCACAGUGGCUGUGUGACAUGUUGGCUCAUGUAGUUACCAUCAGAGAGAUCAACCCCUUUGCUCGCACAGGUGUGAUGAAGUUGGAUGACCUGAAGCAUGUGUUCAAGUCUUCAAGUAUAGGACCAGUGGACACACGGGGCUACAUUGUGAAUCUUCUUAACAAAUUUGAGGUUGCUCUGACAUGGGACAGCCGCACUCUGCUCAUACCAUCAUUGCUUCCGUCAGAAGAAUCUAUGCGAGCAGCCCACACACAGUUAGUCAGGGUAAAGAUCCCAGUGCGAUCUCGGGGCUGGGCAGUCCGCAGCAAGAAGCUUAGUGUCUCAACUGGAGCAUCAACAUUGGUUGGCAAUUCAUUAUUUUAUACUCAGAGCCCUGAACGAUUCCAACUGCAGAGACCAAGUGCCAACACUCAUUCACCAAUGAAGAUCAGUGGCCCAAGUAUUCCAACAGAAGAAGGUGUAGAUGUGACAGCAGCAUGCCAGUGUGAGAUUACCCAUCGUUCAGACCCAGAGUGCUCCAUUAGGCGCUUGUUACUCAUGUCUUACUUCCCAAGUGGCUUUUGGUCACGGCUUAUCACUAGGAUUCUCUCAGAUGAUGCCAUUGUUGACAUUGUUCGUGCAUUCUUUAUCAUGCCUAAAGAGGUGGUGCAAGAUACAAAGCUCACACAACUGCUGGAUGUUCGUGCAGAAUGGAUACUGUGGCAAACGGGAAUAGAACUGCGGUAUGCAGAUACAACUUUAUUCCGUAUGAAGGAAGUAUUACCAAAUGUGAAAAACUCACCUGUUGACUACAGACAACUUAGAGUCAGACUGAAGCAGGAAGGUGUGUGGGGAGAUGUUGAUCUACUGAACUCCUCUAUUCUAGAGAUUUUCUUCCCGGUGGAUACUGUAGUUAUAAAACGUCCAAUCACAGAUGAACUUGGAGGCUGUGAGCCAAUUGGCUAUCAAGCUAUUGUACUGGACCCCAGCCCUGAAUGCACAGCUCAGUUGCUAGCUCUUACCGUGGACCAUAUUGAUAUUCUACUGGAGGACUGGUAUCCAACACUUGGUACAAGAUUUGUGCAUACAUCUGAAGGCCGCUUCUUAGUGACCAGGCUUGUACCGUGUCCUCGGUGUAUGGCAGCCUAUCUUGGAGAAACUGAACUGGUGCAUCACCAACAUCGAGGAUCAGACAGCUGGAAUGAAAGCAGCGUUCUUAGUGCAGCUCUUGGACCCAGACAUGUUGCUGAGGCCUUCCAUCGAGCAGAAAGUGAGAGUCAUUUGAGUUUGCGACAAGUACGUAAAUCUCAGGAGAGCUAUACAUCUGACGGUGAUGGUGACAGUGGUGUAGGACCUGAUUCUACUGGUUCCAGCCGCAUGCCAUCAGUGGAAGGACAUCCAGGUUACCAUAUAGAUGAACCAUGCCAUCUAGCAGAAGAGCCAGCACCCCCUGUACAUUUUAGCUGGGUUGUAGAGGAAUGCAUUCUGGCAGCAUAUGAUCACAAGUCUGUCACCUGCCCAAGUCAUGGUGAUAUUCCUUUGGCUCAGGUUGCUCCUGAUACAAUCUUUUUCGAUCUUGGUGAGAGGCACCUUAUUCGCCCAGACAAUAUCAAGAAAGGACAUCUGCUUGGCCGUGGUGCAUUUGGCUUUGUGUUCAAAGGAACUUGCAAACUUCGUGGCUCUAAUACGUAUAUAGAUGUUGCUAUGAAGAUGUUGCAGCCUGUUCAACCGGGUGCUAAUGCUCGUCAGUCUGCUAUUAUAGCUUACAAGGCAGCUCAAGGUAAGUGGGAUCGGGACCCACUGCAGUAUGCCUGUAAGGCUUACUGUACUGCUCGGCAGGAGUUAAACAUUCUCCUGAAUUUACGCCACCCCAAUAUUGUACCUCUUGUGGGAGUCUGUACAAGACCCUUAGCCUUGGUAUUGGAUCUGGCUCCACAAGGGGCACUGGACACCACUCUGCGUCAUUACCGGCGUUCUGGGGCUCGCAUUGGUCCGUAUUGUCUCCAGGCUAUUAUAUUGCAGGUUGCAAAAGCCAUCGAGUAUCUGCACCAGCAACGUAUCAUUUAUCGUGACCUCAAGUCUGAAAAUGUUCUAGUGUGGCACAUGCCUCCUCCAUUCCAUGAUACUUCUGACAGCAAUCCUGUGCAUAUCAAGUUAGCUGACUAUGGAAUAAGUCGUUUAACCUUACCCUCAGGAACAAAAGGAUUUGGUGGUACUGAAGGUUUCAUGGCUCCUGAAAUAAUGCGAUACAAUGGUGAAGAGGAAUACACAGAAAAGGUUGAUUGCUUCUCUUUUGGCAUGUUUAUCUAUGAACUACUAACACUACACCAACCAUUUGAAGGUCACGAGUCAGUGAAAGAAUGCAUCCUGGAGGGUGGACGUCCACCUCUUACAUACAGAGAGACACUAUACCCCAGCUAUAUGCUAGACUUGAUGGUGCUGUGCUGGUCUCAGUCACCACGAGAUCGUCCGUCAGCCAGUCAGAUAGUCUCCAUAGCUUCAGCACCAGAGUUCACACACCUCAGUGACACAGUAUCACUGAACCAUCCAGAACCUGUUGUUGCUUCUGCUGUAGUUUCCUUGCCAGAGAUAGGUGAUGACAGCUUGAGUGGAGCAGAAUUAUGGUUGGCUUGUUCCUCUUCAAGGACUGAUCUGCUAUUAGCUACUCACCGUGGCUGGCUCCAGUACUGUUCUUUGUCAGUACCAGACAGUCCGACUGCGGCUUGCCUCGUAGGGCACGAUGUUUGGCUUGGCGAUCGUAUGGGACAGAUCCAUGCCUACAUGGGCAGAGACUGCAGGCCACUCUUCAGCUAUGCGUUGGAUCCCGAGGCCCCAGAACCGUGUGCUGUGAGCAGUCUCGUGAACCUUCCCAAGCUCCAGAGAGUAGCUGUGGGGCUUACCAAUGGUCGGCUGUUUCUUGUGCGAAGUGACAUCUCACCAACAUCCUCCACAAUGGGCGAAGGUAGUUUUGUGAUGACAGAAUUAGGUAGCAGCACGGUUCUGCAUUCCCUCACAGCUGUAUUCAAGGACCAAGGCAGAAUAUGUGAACUGUGGUGUGGAGAAUCAAAUGGAAGCAUUUCCAUCUUCACAAUUCGUGAGAACAUUGUGACAUCUCAUGAGAUUGUAAACCAUUAUGAGCCCAUGAUUGAGAACAUCAAUGUUCUGAAUCUUGUGUCAACCCACUGUCCAAUGUAUCAUAAGGGAGAUGAUGUAACAGUGUGCUCCUAUGUCUAUCCAGGCUGUGUGGUUUAUCAGUGGGACCCAACAACACACAACAUUCUCAACAAACUGGACUGCUCAAAACUGGUGCCUUGUUCUGAAAGCCUCAAAUCUAUCAGCAUUGAAGAGCAUCUCAGUCCAGGAAAAUGCCAGGUGACAAGCAUGGCAAUCCUCAAUACUGAGCUGUAUAUUGGCACGACAUGGGGAUGCAUCGUAGUGGCCGAACGAUUGACUAUGCGUCCCAUCACCGUGUUCCGUCCAUUUGAGGAGGAGGUACGAGCAAUUGUUCCAUUGCUUCCUCCUGCUGCUGAAGACAGUUAUGCUACCAGUGAUGAUAUAACUGUCAUGCCUGCAGAUUCCCAGAAGCAGAGCUGUCCUCUAAUAGCGACAGUAGGUCGAGGAUACCGCAGUUUGAUUGCACGAUACACAGAUAUGGUGAUGACUCCAACAGGUAUUCAAAGUCCCAUACACAUGUACUGUGGCAGUAAUGUUGACAGAAUUGGAGGAGGUGCAAGUGAGGUAAGAAGCCACAAUAUGUAUGCUCUGUUGUGGAGAGCCGAGAGGUGGGCUGCUACAUAACUGAGGUUGUUGACUAUCUUAAACGAUCUCACAGUGAAGUGGUUCCAUUGCGGAAUAUUUUUGUUGUAAAUUUCCCUUCUGUGAUAUAAAGAGAGUGGGUUAGGUUAGCAAAAUUGAAAGACGUUGUUCAACUGCAGCCACUUGCUUUAAAUAUGGCAGCUACAUGAGUUAACAGUUAACUUACCCCAUAACAACUGAACAUUUCCUUAUCUUCUGAGACAGAUUAUGAAAUUAUUAUUUAUACACUGUGAAUUUUAACUAUGCUGUGAUCAUUUGGGUAUGUAUGAUCGAUUGUGAUUGAUGAUGAUUUUCAAAAUUACAUUUUCUUAAGUCCAUUGUUAAGCUAAGGAAGUAUAUUGUCAGUAUCAUCCACUGACAUUUCCACUAGUAUGGGUUACCACAUGACAAAGCCAUAUUUCUUGAUGCAUAUCUUCUGCCAGUUUGGUCCCUUCAGUGAUCAUUUGUGUUUAGUGUCUCAGUUUUAACACACUGUAGCAAAUAUUACUGUCGUCUAUGUGUAAUAAAUGUCCAUGCCACUGUAUCUUUCAUUUUGACAAAUUUCCUUAUACUUUUUUAUUUUCUGAUAUUGCUGAAUUUCCUACUUUCCAAUUGUAUCUCUGCUUGUUUGUUUACUUGAUACAUUUUUUAGCCUCUUUUAAUUAGGUUGAGGCCCAAGCAAUAUUAGCAGAGUGCUGGAAAGUAUGAUGUUGCUGAGAAAAAUGUUGAAGGUCAGUGAGUUUGUGUUAUUUUUUUAUUGUAAUAAGGUACAGAUAUAAUUCUCUUAAUCCAUCAUCUUCGGUGACUGCUCCUUGUGUUACAUUUAUUAGCUAGUUUAUGAGUAAUAAUUUUUAACUUCUGUUUUCAUAAGCUGAUUGUAUUGUCAUUGUGUCAUACAUUCAGUCAAUUUGUAACCAUAAAAGGUGAUGUUUCAGUUUCUCUUGUCACAGAAUUUUGUUUGAACUAGAGGUGAUCUUAAAAUACAGUAAAUAUGAAUUAUGGAUAUUGAUGCUAAAUUAUGAUCCUAUCAGUGGCCAGAAUUUGGAAAAUGUUAACUGGAAUAAGUAGAAUUUGCAUUGAUUGUAAAAUCAGUUCAUAUAAAUGUACAGUUUGUGUCAAUGUCAGUAGUAUCUUUAAUUAAUAUCAUUAAUUUAUAUUUAUUUCAGAUCAAUGAAAGAAAAUUCUUUAUUUCAGAAGCAGAAGCUUCAGUAGUAGGCCUUUUAAAUGCCUUCAGUUUUCAUUAUAACAUGAUUUCUUCAGUAGCUAAAUAAUUGCCAGCUACUCAGGAAAGACCCUGUACCAUGGACUUUGUACUAGAAUAACUAUUCAUUAUGUUAAAACAUAGAAGUUUUGCUGCCAAAGAGAAUUGUUGUGCAGAAUAAUUGCUUCUGCUGUAAAAUAAAUAUUGAAAUAUAAGUAAAUGACAGAAGUCUGAAAUAUUAGAUAUAUUAAUUGUAACAUAACUAAAACUGGAUAUAUAUCUGCUUGACAGUUGUUUGAAAUAACUUAUGAAUGAGUGUGAUUAUGAAACAGUUUUUCAGGUUGUGGAUUGUAAGAUUAUUAUAUGAUAAUAUUAAGACACGUAUUUGGUUGAGGUACUGAUUCUGAAACAUUGAAUUCAGAGGUGUAACUACAGAUUAUAAAUUUUCACAAAUUGACUAAUGUGAAUGUUGUGAAGUCAGUUGCACUUGGUUAUCUGCAGCUGACAGGAAAGCUGUAGUUUGUAUUUCAGUUGCCAUCAGCAGUGCACAUUCACUUUAACCUUUCCUUUGAAGGAUCUCCCUGUAUAUGGGGCACACCUGUCUAAUAUAUAGGAUAGAAAACAUUCUAAUCUGUCCAAGUAAUAAUGUUACUAAGCUAUGAGGGAUUAAACAUAUUAAAAAUGCCAAGUUGAGGUAAAUGAUAUUAAUGAUUGGCAUUAAGCAUCAUUGAAUGACACAUAAAAGUAAUCUAAGAAAGUGAAAUAAUCGUUUCCUCCGAUAUGUCUGAAAAUUGAGGUUUUCCUUUUAUUUACUUCAACCAUGUCCUGUUCAUGAUUUUGAAGCUGAAGCCAUGAAGUACACUAAUAUGUUGAAAAGGUGGAGGAUUUAAGAUCCAGUUUGAGAUGAUAAUGACUAGCUGACAUAUUGGUUAAUUACAAAUGUGGGAUUUCAUAUUAAAAUUUAAUUUAC